AGGGCUGCCUCAUGGUAACCUGCAGAUGAAGUUUGUAUGAACAUUUACCCUUCAAUCAUGGCAGGCGAGAAUCUGUUGAAAGGCUUUAUGGUGAUCUGUGGAUCGCUAGAAAUCAUGCUUUUCGGAGGAAUCAUUUUCGGCUGGGCUUCUCUUGUAUACGUUUACAAAGAUGAAGGGUAUUUCCGUCAUUUGUGUCCGCUCAACCAGUCCAUGUUAUCAAACGGGUCAUAUUCAUCUGUCCAGGAAGCACAGUCUGGUUUAUUCGGUGUGAACAUCAGUCAGGCACUCGGAGAGAUUUCCAGCGCGUACGAUUUCAAUGCCACAUCAGAGGAUAGGCUGAUUUUACCAAAAGUGACCUGCAAAGAACAAGAUAAUCAGUUUAACUUGAUAUUCAGCAUAUCCACCGUUUUCACUGGUAUCAUGUGUUUUGUGAAUGGCCUGCUCUAUGACAGAUUCGGCACCAGACUAUGUCGUGUUAUUGCAAUUGUGUGCUUUAUUGGAGCGAUGCUGUGUCUCAUAUUUGCAUCACCAGAGCAGCCCCUGCUCCUCUACCCUGGGGCCACCCUGCUGGUGUACGGAGGCUACCUGAUCUUGGUGACAAACCUUCAGCUGGCUAACCUCAUCCCUCGCUUCAGAUCCACCAUCAUGUCCUUGUAUGCUGGCUCCUACGACUGCAGCGCCGUCAUCUUCCUCGCCUUCAAGGCUGCCCAUGAAGCAGGUAUCAAAGUGAACACAUGUUUCCUGAUUCAGGCCUGUGCGUUCAGCCUGGUCGUCAGUAUCAGCACGUUUUUCACCUUACCUAAGUACCACUUCCCAUGGCCUCUGCCCGAGAACUUCAAAGUGGACCCUCCCAUACAGCAGCUAUGUCAAACAGGUAAGCCUAACACCAAGCCAGAUGUAGAGGUCGAGGAGGCGGGAAACAAAACUUCUGACAAACCUGAAGUGGACAAAAACAAAAAGCAGAGCAGUCCUCAUCUGGAUGGUUCUCAGAAGGUGAGUCCAGGGCAACCUCUCGUCAAAACCCCAGCAGUGUCCCGGCUAAGAGAAAUUGAUAUGUCAUCUCAGAACUGUCUACUGGCUAUCAAUCAUGUGCCCCGCCUUUCCACCUCCAUGCUGUACCACUCGAACAUGAGCAUCAACCGGCGCUCACGCCUGGGAACUAGAACCAGUGUGCGGGAGAAAACAGAGAGUGUCAGGUCUCCCCCGCAUCACCUAUCCCUCCUUAACAUCCCGCAGAUUCAGAGGACGAUUUCCCAUGACCAUCGCCCUUCCGUCUCGCUUGACAGUGUGAAUUUUGGGAACAACUUGGCAGUUCCGUCACAAAGAGGGCUGAUGCCUUCUGGUCACAACUCGGCACCACAUUCCUCCCCGGCAGUUAGUCCAUUUCUCUCGCUGCAUUCCGUCGCCGGGAUUUCCAGCAUCGGGGAUGAUGCAGAGGGAGAUAACCCUGACCUGGACCAGAUGUAUGACGGGGACUUUAUCUUUGGGGAGAGAGAAACAAGCCUGCGUAAAGAGUUAUGUUCUCCAUUGUUCAUCAUGGAAGUGGCGUGGAUGUCUUUCCAGAGACUUCGCAGCUGGUUAUUUGUCGGAGUCUUCAACCCAUGGAUAACAACACUGGCUGCUGGAGAUCAAACAAAAAUCAGUUACUACACGUCAGUUUUCUCAGCCAUGCAGUUUUUCGGAAUCUUCACAGCUCCUAUGAGUGGGCGAUUGAUGGACAGGAAACCGGGGAAAAAAUACCAGUACAACAACCCUAAAUUUGAGCGUCUGCAUGCUGCCAUACCUUCCUUCGUGUUAAACUGCACAGUGGUGUUGUUGUUGUCAAUCUGUGCAGCUGUCCCAGUCCUAGAAGUCCAAUAUAUCACCUUUGCUCUUCAUGUUAUCAACAGAUCCUUUAUCUAUGGACCCAACUCAGCAUUUGUUGCUAAUGCGUUCCCAUUUGAGUACUUUGGGAUUCUUCUGGGAACAACCUUGACCUUGUCAGCCAUUUUUGGAAUGGUCCAGUACCCGUUGUUUCUGAUCAUUCAGGGGCCUCUUAAUGAUGACCCCAUGAUUAUAAAUGUUGUGCUGAUUUUGCUGAUGCUGCUCACAUAUGUUCAUCCGGCUUACAUCUGGAUCUACUUAACUCGUAAACUCAAAAAGAAGAAACUUGCUGAGUCAAGCGAAUCUUCAGAGCCUCUGAGGAAGAAGGGAAUGGAUGACAUGGAUCAGUGUGACAUGCAAGUUAAAGAAUCCACCCUGGAAACCGAAAACAUCAAGUCUGACGAAAAAGGAGAAGAAAAAUCACCAAGGGAUACAACAGGUGACUGUGAGGCAGAACUAUAUGCAGAUGAAAACAAGUGUACUCAUCUCUGAUUGGUUGUUUGUGUGUAGAACUUCAUGUACAGUGACAUGGUUCAGUGUUCCUCAAAUUUUUGAUGAAUACCUCAUUGUUAAUAUGGGUCACACCUUGCAGGUUUCUACAGAGAUACGCUGCAUAUUUUGUUUUUGUAGUGCUUUUGUGUGAAAAAAGUUCGUCAAUUUUUUUCAAUUUAAACCUGUUUAGCAAGAUAAGGCUGAAGAAUAUUUGAAGUCUUUCAAUGGACGGACAGUCUUGACAGUAAUAUUUUUAUGGUUUAACAUACAUGUAGUGAGCACAGACAUCAAUACACCACUUCAGUGGAAUCAGAACAGUUGUCCAUAACAAGAUUUACAAUAUAAGUGCUUGAUCAUUUGGCGGAUUAGGUUUUACGCAAAUUUGAUAUGCAAUGAGUUGAUGAGAAUGAAUCCAGAUGCCAUUCACGCUCCCUAUCAGUAAUGUAUUUGUGGCAAUGUGUGCAGUAAUGUAGCAGUUUGUGUCAAAUAAAGUUGAGCUAUCUGUCUAUAUUCGGUCAUAAGCCAGUAUAUUUUAUCAGUGUAAAUCAUACUAGAUUUGUUUUCAGAUACACGCAUGCCAUGUGAACAAAGGCAUAGAAGGUAUUUUGUGCUAUUUUUAUGCCUUUAAUCCAGAAUAUUUUGUGAAACAUAUAUGUAAAACAUAUUUCAGAUUUAUUUUCAAAGUGUUUUUUGAGACGUUUUUAGGGUGUUUUAGACAGGACAAAAACAGCACAGUCCAGUGAUGUCCCUUUCUCUGUAGAUCACACCAAUAUAUGCAUAAAAUUCUAGCCAAUCACAAAGGCUGUUAGUUCUCUUUCUAUCACAUUGGGUUUAAGUGUCGCCUCAGGUGAAUGGUUUAACUUAGUUUAAUGGCCUUUUGCACAAGUUUGUAGCCCUUGACCAUUUGCCAGGUACUCUGUAUGCUGUAGUUUAAAGUCAGAAGGUUUGUCAGGUACGGUACCUCCACCCUAAAUUUGAGCACAGCCCAGCAAGUAAAAUAUUCUUGAGUAUUGGAUUAAAACCCCAGUCAAAUAAAUAAUUAUACAUAAACCAAAGCUAUAGUGUGUUUAUAGAUACACCAAAGCUGUAGUCUGGCUGAUAGACCAAGAGUCUUUGAGAAACCGCACUACCAUCAAUCCUCAACAAAUUCGACCUCAGAAAUAGUGCAUCUUUAGGCAUAGAUGAAUGUUGUCUUAUCUGGACAGGUUAGUUUAUCAUUUUAGUGAAGUUUACAUGCGCUCCUACUUCAGUAUUACAUUGUAGUUUUCCAAAUUUUAUGAAAAUAUCUUAGAACUAUGGAUCUAAAGUGACAUUUUACUAGCCAUAUUAGUCGAUGAUUUAGGGAAUAUUACAUGCAGUAUGUAGAACCUUCACUUAUUACUUUGGAGGCUGUCAUUGGGCUAGACAAAAUUCUUAUCCCAAGCUUCAGCAAGAGGAAGGGAUAGUAAUUUGGAUCUGUCUGUUGGUUCCUCUUUCGGUUUCAGUGCAAUUACUGUGACAAGACAAAGUAUUGCUUAAUUCAGAUAAACUUAACUUACACCAUGCGUAAGUUUUAAUGUGAGAUAUACAUUAUCUGAAUUUGCUUCUCCGUUGAGC